GCGGAAGGAAGAAGAAGCACGCGUUUCCGCUCUCAGGACGUUCAUGUCGAUUUGAUUCUGUUUCUGUGAAUCUGAAUUCAUUUUAUUAAUUUCACCAUGUCUAUUAAAUUAAAUGCGCUUUUCAGCGACUCAUAUGUGGAUAUAAGCCAGUAUAGAGACCAACAUUUUAAGGGCAACCGUUACGAGCAGGAGAAGCUGCUGAAGCAGAGCUGCACGCUGUAUGUGGGGAACCUGUCCUUCUACACCACCGAGGAGCAGGUGCACGAGCUCUUCUCCAAGAGCGGAGACGUCAAGAGGAUCAUCAUCGGCCUCGACAAGGUCAAGAAGACGGCCUGCGGCUUCUGUUUCGUCGAGUAUUACACUCGUGCCGAUGCUGAGAACGCCAUGAGGUUUAUUAACGGCACGCGGCUGGAUGACCGGAUCAUCCGCACGGACUGGGACGCAGGCUUUAAAGAGGGCCGACAGUUCGGCCGGGGCAAGUCAGGCGGUCAGGUCAGAGAUGAGUACAGGCAGGACUAUGACCCCGCCAGAGGAGGUUAUGGGAAGCUGGUGCAGAAGUCUUGAACAUGCCUUUAGCCAGGAUCUUUUUAAACGUUUGCUUUUUCCAGGUUAAGAAUGAAUAUGGACAGGAUUAUGACAGGACUGCGCAGUAACAGAUCCAGGUGUGUGUGAUGUUCACAUUAGCGUUGAGUCCUGAAACUCAUCUAGUCUGCAAUGUAUAGGCUUUCUUUCUUUAAAUAAACUGUUUUUAUAAACUCCA